UGGACGCCAGGUCAGCGAGAGCAUCUGCGGGAGCUGGGCCGGAGGGGAGCGGGAAGCGGGAAGACCCAUCCGAGGGUGUGUGGUUUUGAGCGUCUGCUUUGUAACCCAAGAUUUCGAAAUGCAUCGUGAUUCCUGUCCACUGGACUGUAAAGUUUAUGUAGGUAAUCUUGGAAACAAUGGUAACAAGACUGAAUUGGAACGAGCUUUUGGCUAUUAUGGACCACUCCGAAGUGUGUGGGUUGCUAGAAACCCUCCCGGCUUUGCUUUUGUUGAAUUUGAAGAUCCCCGAGAUGCAGCUGAUGCUGUUCGAGAGCUAGAUGGGAGAACACUAUGUGGCUGCCGAGUAAGAGUGGAACUCUCGAAUGGUGAAAAGAGAAGUAGAAAUCGUGGCCCACCUCCUUCUUGGGGUCGUCGCCCUCGAGAUGAUUAUCGGAGAAGGAGUCCUCCACCUCGUCGCAGAUCUCCAAGACGGAGAAGCUUCUCCCGCAGCCGGAGCAGGUCCCUUUCUAGAGAUAGGAGGAGAGAGAGAUCACUGUCUCGGGAGAGAAAUCACAAGCCGUCCCGAUCCUUUUCUAGGUCUCGUAGCCGAUCUAGGUCAAAUGAAAGGAAAUAGAAGACCAGUUUGCAAGAGGAGUGGUGUACAGGAAAUAACUUCAUUUGACAGGAGUAUGUACAGAAAAUUCAAGUUUUGUUUGAGACUUCAUAAGCUUGGUGCAUUUUUAAGAUGUUUUAGCUGUUCACAUUUGUUUGUCUCUUGGAACAGUGACACAUAAAGAUGUAAUUCUCUAUGAUUUGAAUGGAUCAUAUGAGGCAUGUAAUAUUAAGAGUUGUUACUUUACAAUGUUCCCUUAAGCAAAAUUGAAUUUGCUUUGAAGUUUAGUCUUACAUAGACUGAUAAUAAACUUAUUAGCUCCUGCCCAGUUAAAGCUUGACAUUUCAUAUUAUGAAGACAAAACUGGCAAAAAUUGAACAGUUUUUCCAUAGCUGAGAUAGUGUGCAUGCAGCUGUAAUUGAACAGUCUUUAAAAGCUGCUGUGAACCCAAGUCAGCAGCUAAAAAUUAAGCUGCACUAUUAAACUAGGUUAGAGGUUUAAAAUAAAAUGAAUCCUAGUUGUCUUCGUACUGGGCAGAGGUGGUCCAGUUGGUGUAGAAUUGGAAGUUUCAAGAAAGUUUACUUUUGCUUUAGGUCAUAAGUUCAUUUUAACAGGAUUGCUGUGUAUGAACACACAGCUCUAUGUAACAUUCUCUCUUUGGAAAUUUGAAACUAUUCAAAAUACCAGUGUCCUGCCAGUUUAAGGGUACAUUGUAGAGCUGAACUUUGAGUUACUGUGCAAGAUUUUUUUUCAUGCUGUCAUUUGUAAUAUGUUUGUGAGAAUCCUUGGGAUUAAAGUUUUGGUUACAAAUUGUUGUUUAACCUGAAAGCCUGUUUUUCCUUGCAAAACUAAAAUCUGUGAGCUUGGUAUCAAGUCCAGGUAUAACAUUCCUAUUGGAAGCCAUACUUAUAUUUUCUUGUAAAGUGCUUUUGAAUUAAUAAAAUAUUAGCAU